UUUGUUGACCUUCAAAUUAAAUGUGCUGUGACAUGACAUGUCAUCGGUCUUACACAUUUUGGUUAUAUACUGUACUUCUGUAUUCUAUAGUAACCAAUUUGCAUCUUCCUUUUCUAAACAGAAAUGCUGGCAGGGAUGGAGAGGAGGUUUUUUGAGGGGGGCAUUGAUGGCAAAGUACCAAAGUACUCAAUGACCGACUUUGAAAAAUACAACUUCAAGACUAUUGGAAAAAUAUUUGCUGUGAGUCUCGCACAAGGGUGGACCACCACCAAACUUUUUAAUGCAGUGGUGUUACAGCUACAUAUCCACUGGUGAAUUUGACCAGGGAUCAAUAACUGAAAAGGACGUUGUGGACCUGGAGCUCAUGGAACUAAUAAAAGAGAUUGAGGCUGCUGACAGUGAACUCCUGAUGGCAUACACAGACAGGAUUUUGUCAUGUGGAUACACAGGGCCUGUGUCCAUUGAAAAAAAGGAAGACAUUGUGCGCUCUUUAGUUCUACACUCUAUAGUCAGGUUACUGCCCAUGCUCCAACAAAUCUCCUCUGGAAUGAAACUGUAUGACCUCCUCACCUUAGUCCAGCAGGAAAACGACAUCUGCAGACAGCUUUUUGUUCCAGGAUCUUUUUGCAAGGUGGAUGCUGAUUUUCUUGUGCAGUCCCUAUCCCCUGUCUUUAUUGAGAUUGGCACAAUGAGACAUCAAAGAGAGUCCACAGUGGUCAACUUUCUCCAAGACUUUGUACAGGCUAUGGAGGAUGAAGAAGAGGAUGAACACAACUCAGAGACCAGAGAAGAAGAUGAGGUCAACAAGGCUGAAAAACAAAACAAUGAGACACAUAUUAAUGUUGGCAAGUUCUGCCAGUGGCUCACAGGACAGUCUCAUAUUCCUUUAAGUUAUGCAGAACGUAAACACUUUAAAAUAGUCAUGGAAUUUGACCAUGACUGUGAGGUUCGUUAUGGUGCAAAUCAUACCAUCUGCUAUCCUGUGGUUAAUGCAUGUUCCUGCUCAGUUUCAUUCCCAGUUGCACACCUGAGAACAUAUGCAGAGUUCAAAACAGUACUCUCUCAGGCCAUUGUCAAUGGCUUUGAAUUUAGCCAGUAUUAAUAAAUAAAUAAAUGAUAA